ACGUCAGUUAUAAAACGGGGACACGGUGGGCUCAGUGGAACUUCUGAAACGCUCUAAAUGCUCGAACGCAACAUUGGAUUCAAACUCUGGAUAAAUAAUGACAUGUGAAGGAUGAGUGGCGACACAAGUGACUCCCAAGUCGGAUGACCUCAAAAGGAUGCUCUCCUGCAUAAGCUUGGCUGCUCUGCUUUUCCUGGCCUCAUCGAGUGCACUCUCUGCUGGCCAGCCCUGCCUGUGCUCAGCCCUCCUGCCUGCUGGCCUUAAAGUGAACUGCAGCUCCGUGAGCCUCAUGGAGCUGACUCAUCUGCCCUCAGACACCGUGGAGCUCCAUGUGCAGGACAACCGGCUCACCUCCGUGACCCCGGGCCUGUUUGACCGAUUCACUGCCCUGAAAAAGGUCUCCCUGUAUGGGAAUCCCUUCCAUUGUGACUGCAGGAUCCAGUAUCUGAGGAACUGGUUGCUGAAGAACCGGGCCAUGGUCUCCAGGGAGCCCACCUGUGCCAGCCCGGGCUCCGUGGCUCUGAGACCCAUCACUGAACUGAGUGACAACUUCUUUUCUUCCUGUGCUCCUACAGGCUGCGCUAAUGGGAUUUAUAACACCAUGAUGGGAGUGUUGCUCUGCUGCAUCAUUGUUCUGCUUCUGUGGAGUCUGAGACUGGCCAAAACAUCCACCAUCACCUUGUCCAUAGAUGAGAUACAGUCAGGCGUGGAGGCUGACUCUCUGCACAUACAGAGGCCCAAACGCAGGAGGAGGCUGCACACCGGGCUGUCAGAGGUCUCUGACUCCCUCGCUUAUCCAGAGGAUCUAGAAAAGCCAUUCCUAAACAUGGAGUUACUGCCGCAGGUGCUGGAUGUGCUGCACAAGAAGCACAAUAUAAAGAUAAACCUACCUGGGCGACGUCUUUCUCUACUACAGUGGAAUAGCAAAUAUACUACAAGUGACAAACAGAGCUGAGGUCAGUAAAAGGCAGCUCAACAGAUUUCUUUCUGUGGUUUUGUUUUGGGUUUUUUUCUUCCAAUAAAGUUGUUUUU